AUGGCGCCGGUCCUGCCGCCACUGCUCCGGCGGGCGUUUGCCGCCGUCACAGCGGCGCCUCUCCCCUCGGCAACGGUCCCCUCGGGCGCGUCUGACGGCCCUCUUGGUGACGCGACACGGCUGCACGCGGCGCGGAGCCCGAGCAGCACCACCAAGCAGGACCCGUCGGCGGGCGUGCUGGACCCUCACGACAUCUCCAACGUGGGCUUCUUUGUGCUCUUUGCGCUGCUGGGCGUGACGUUUGUCGUGGGCGGCAUCUGGUUCUUCUUUUGGGCGCGCAACGGCGGGUUCCACUUUAAGCAAAACGACUGGGAGGACUACAAGACGGCGGUGCUGCGCCGGCGCGGCCCCAACGGCACGCUGCUGUCGGGCGCGACCAAGUCGACGGAUCUGGGCGGCGGCAGCGUGUACAAGGACGUGGCGGACGACGGCAAGACGACGAUUACGGAGAGCACGGGCCUGAGCGGCAUCACGGCGGGCGCGAGCGAUAUUGCGGCGCGCGAGAAGCGCGAGGAGAAGCGCAGGAAGCGCCAGCGCGAGCGUGAGCAGCGCAAAAACGAAAAGAAGUCAAAGAAGCCCAGCGAGGUCAGCAACAGCAAAAGCAGCAGCGCUGGCGAGUACGAUGAGAAGAAGCACAAGAGACGCGUCGGCGGCGACGGCGAGGUCCAGGACGAGGCGGCGGAGCUCAAGGCCCGCGACGAGCUGCGCAACUACCGCCACGAAAAGGCGGCCAGGGUCGGCGGCUUGAACAAGCAGUCGGAGGGCUCGUCGUGGGACGGCUCGAACCCGACUACCAGCCACACGGGGACCGAGUCGGAGCUGCUCCCCAACAAGCAGAGCACCCCGACGAGCACCCCAACAAAGGACAAGAAGCGCAGCGGUGCAGCUGGCGCUAUCCGCAAGGUGUAUUCGACGACGGAUCGGGAGCCGGAAAAGAGCCGCCCCGAGCCCAAACGGAUCAAGGACGAAGGCCGUAGCACGCACCGCCGGGAAUUCUCGUUUCAGGCUUCGGAUAGCUUACUGUCGGGCACCGCCGAGGGCAGCGGCAGCGGCAGCAGGAGUGAAGCGACGAGUGCCCAGGGCAGCGAGUUGGGCACCAAGAGCUAUCACCACUCGCGACCGGAGAUUUCGAGGGUGCAGAGAGAGAGGGAGAGGGAGGAGCGCAGGGCUAGACGCGGAGGGUACAGACGUGGACAAGGAGACGACGAGCUUUGA